CAACCUGGUCUGUCGGAACGCUAUGUCAGUAUGCCUGUGAGUAAGGCUCUCAAAAACUGUCAAUAGUGUAAAUCUCUCUCGCGAACUUCACUGAUGGGUAGAAAAGCUUUUUAUCUGUAUGCACGCAAUAUACACGAACUUUUCUGUCGGUGGCCAGUGUUGCGGGUGUGAGAGUGUUGCGCUUGUGUGCUUUUUUGUACAGUGAUUUUAAUUGUCCGUAACGUUGAUUGUAACUGUGAAGACAUUAAAUUCCAACCGGUUUAUAUAAAAUAAACAAUGCGUCAACGAUGUCACGGUGUUUUUAGGAAUUUAGUCGGACAAUCCAAGACCACAACGACUAGUCAUUGGCGGCCCUAUGGCCACCAUUUGGGGACGCAACUGGUGAAUCCGACAGCUUUCUGUACUAAUGCUUUUAGUCGCAGGAGCUACUCUAAGUUCAGCACCCAUCUGUCCACAGAGAGGGCAAUGGAGCUGCUAUGCAACCUUGAUGAAGAGGAGCGCAGCAAUCUCCGCUGCGCCCUCGGCAAGAUGGACGCCGACAAAGAAAAGAAGCUGUACGAGAGCCAACUGGCCGUUGGCAGUUGGCGUACACGCUUCGGACGACUCUCCAAUAAAGCGGAGUUGGGUCAAGUCAUCGCAGGCACUUUCUGUGCAGUGCCUGAUGAUUGGCUUCGAAAAAAAAUGGUUGAAUCGGCAACUAAACCCACCGCGGGCCAAUUAUACAGCAUUUUCUUUGUGAAUGCAGUGCCGUUCAUCGCAUUCGGAUUUCUUGAUAACUUUAUUAUGAUUAUGGCAGGCGAAUACAUUGAAUAUUAUUUGGGACAUUUUAUAACUCUAUCUACGAUGGCCGCCGCUGGUCUUGGCAACACUAUAAGCGACAUUCUAGGAAUCACCAUGGCUACUUACGUUGAGAACGGCUGCCAGAUACUGGGUCUUAAGCAGCCUAAACUGACUCCAGCGCAAUUUGAACUGAAGUCUAGCAAACGGUCAUCCAGUUACGGACGUAUUGUCGGUAUCACUGUAGGCUGCCUGCUAGGAAUGUGUCCCCUGUGGUUAAUGGAUGAAAAAACAGAUAAAAUAGAUUUAGUUGAAUAGACAAAACACAUAUGAGUUUGGCAUUCGUAGUUAAUGUUUUAAAUAUACUCAACUGUACAUCCCGCGAGCAAAAACCUAUUGAGGACAGGAGUUUAAAGUUGAAACAAAAUUUUUAAUUUCGCAAAAACACUUGUUUACCUUUUUAAAACUGCAUGGAGUUACAUGUGAUUAUUAUUAUUGUUGUUUAACACAAUAGUUUAACGUAUUGAAUUUAAUUUAUUAGAACUAUAAAAACUACAAUUAAAAGUAACUAGUAACGUGAAAGCUAAGGGGCCAAUAAAAUGCCCAAAUAAUAAUUCAUUUGUAUUUUAAAAUUAUUUUGUUUAAGCAGCAAAGUGCUACUAAUGUGUUUGAUAUAAAUUUAAUGCGUAACACUGAGUACAGUGCUUCCGUGUUCUAAAUUUGUAUAAUUUGGCAAAAUUGUUUUUGGAAGUUUUUUUUUCGCUCAUUAUACACACAAAACUUGAAACAAAAAUCAGGUAAGGAUUAAUAAACUUUUAUUUUAACGUAUUUUCAUUACUAGUCGCAAUUCGAAAAUUCAAAAAUUGUAUAAAAAAAUUAUUUCUUAAAGAUAAAUAUUCUAUAUCAUAUAAAUAAACUUAUAUAGAAAUGGGAAAAUUAAUGAAAAAGGAUCUGAUUUCGUAAGGAUAAAACUAACAAUAGAAAAAGUUUUGUUAAACAAAUUUGUGAUGAGUCUAGUCGUUAGUUUCAACUGCAAGGGUAAAGAUGGUCAAAUACCUUUUAUUUUAAAUUCCAGUAAAAUUAUAUAAAAAUGGAAAAACGAAAAUAAGUUAAUUUGGGAGCCGUGGUCUUUAUUCCAUUCAUACCAAAAGGUAAAAAGAUCUUUUCAGCGUUUUUUUAAGAAACAUUUAUACUGAGUCCAGUUUAAAAGUACAGGUCUGUUUUUUUAUUGUUUGUAUUUUGGUCAAUUUUUAAUUUUGUUAAAUUUUUCUGUAUUUUGGUUAAGAUUGAAUAAUAUGUUUUAUCAUUAUUCAACAACUGCGAACUACUGAAACUAUAACUAUAAAUUUUAUCCCCAUUAAUAAUAUUUUUACUUUUAUAAGCUAAUAACUAAGAAGGUCAGAACCUUUAGACGUAAAAGAAAUGUAUAUUAAUAAAACCUCAUCGAAGCCUCACUAAAAUGUUAUAUUAUAAAACUAGUGCCCUGACUUAUGCCAACCUGGCGUUUCAAAACCAUAUACUUAUAAAAUAUGCGGCAAAUAUUAAAAUUGUAGCGAGCUUAUUAAUAAAAUUUAAUAGAAUUAUAA